UCUGGCAAGAGUUUAAAGUGGCAAGAAAUUCAGAUAUUAUUCUUUGAAACAGGGCGUUGUCUUAUCGGAUUUUUUAAAGAUAAUUGGAUUUCUCGUUUGUUGUGAGUGCUGUAAUUUGACAAUAAAUAUUUUAACAGAUACAGAACGUCCAAUUACUGACUGUGCUCCCAAAUUUUUAACCGUAGUAGCACAAUCAUGGCGGAGUUAGCUGCAUUAUUGCAAACUGAGAUACCAGAGGGACGGAGUCAUUUGACAGACAGUCAUACCAACCUGGAGAGAGUAGCGGAGUACUGUGAAGCUAAUUAUUUUCAAUCUGAAAAUAAAAGGCUUGCCCUUGAAAGUACUAAGAAUUAUACAACACAGUCAUUAGCCAGUGUUGCGUACCAAAUCAACACACUGGCAUACAAUUUCCUCCAACUAUUGGAACUUCAGACCAUGCAACUUGCUGAAAUGGAAGGACAGAUGAAUCAUAUUGCUCAAACUGUUGCCAUUCAUAAAGAGAAAGUUGCUAGACGAGAAAUUGGAGUCCUCACCGCUAACAAGGUGACGAACAGACAGUAUAAAAUUAUAGCUCCUGCGAAUCCUGAGAAACCUAUUAAGUAUGUCAGAAAGAGCAUUGAUUAUACUACUCUGGAUGAUAUUGGUCAUGGUGCUCGUUGGAACAAUGGAGCUACGGGCACUCCUCGCGGCCGCAGGUCUGGGUCAGCACCGGGGGCUGCACCUCUCCCUGCUCCAACAACUAAACCACCUACACCACCAGCUGUUGUCAGGUCCGCUUCUGCCGCUAACACUGGUACUCUCGGCCGUGGGACAUUAGGAAAGUCAUCCCGAGAGUACAGGACACCUCCAGCUGUGGCCCCGCCCCAGGUGCCUUCGCACUACGCACCCAACUACCCACGCCGCCCACCAGGCUACUCCACAUUGCCAGUUGCUCAGCCUCAAGUGGGAAUGGUACAUCCUAAUCAACAUCAGCCAUCCAACUAUACACAAGAUAUGCAUUCUAGCAUGCCACCACCACCUUCUCCACUGAUUGGCUCGGAUGGAGACCAUAGCCAGCAUUCUAUGAGUCUGCCUGGUCAGCGUGCGUCCGUGUCGUCGGGCGGCGGUUCCGGCGGGGGCUCGGCGCGCGGCGGGUCGGUGUCGCCACCGCUGCCGCCGCCGCCACUCGACGACGAGCUGGUACACGACGGCUUCGGCAGACACCAUCAUAUCAACAACAAAAUGGGAGGCAGUCAGUACACGAGCGCGGUACCAGCAAUCGUACCCGACGAAGAAGAUUUGCCUGGAUGGGUACCUAAGAACUACAUUGAGAAAGUGGUGGCGAUCUACGACUACUACGCUGACAAGGAGGACGAGCUGUCGUUCCAGGAGAGCUCCGUCAUCUACGUGCUUAAGAAGAACGACGACGGGUGGUGGGAGGGCGUCAUGGACGGCGUCACAGGCCUCUUUCCCGGCAACUACGUGGAGCCCUGCGUCUGAUCUUAUCAAUGUACGCUGUAGUCCCAUACAUCAGGGGUCACCAAUUAGUUUCGCUCAGGGACCGGGGUCCAUUUU